AUGGCUUGGCCGUGCAUCACCCGUGCUUGCUGCAUUGCCCGCUUCUGGAACCAGUUGGACAAAGCGGACAUCGCGGUUCCCCUGGUCUUCACCAAGUACUCGGAGGCCACGGACCACCCGGGUGCCCCGCCGCAACCGCAGCAGCCCCCGGUGGCGCCGCCGCAACAUGGUCCCCCCACUGGGCGCUCCGUUGCCAUAGAGACGCAGCCCGCUUCAGGCGACCUGAAUGCUGUUGCCCGGUCAACGGGGCCCAGCCGGGAGCGAGAGCCUGGGCUUUCCAGGGCCCAGAGUCAGGCCAAGACAGCUGCCCGGCCGAGUUCGAGCCUUGGUCUGGGCCCGGCUGACUCCGUAAUGCGGCAGGACUACCGGGCAUGGAAGGUUCAGCGCCCGGGACCUAGCUGCAAACCGCGGAGCGAGUACCAGCCGUCCGACACGCCCUUCGAGAAGGAGACCCAGUACCAGAAGGACUUCCGGGCGUGGCCACUGCCCCGGCGCGGCGACCAUCCCUGGAUCCCCAAGGCGGCCCCGCCACCCCCGCCGCAGUCACUUCCGGCUCCGGUCUCGGCGUCCCCGGGCCCGCCCAAAGCCGAGGAGCGUCGCCGGAGGCGGCCGCGAAGCCAGGAGUGGAGGUCUGGGGAGGUCCCUACCCAGGCUCUAGGAGAGGAGGAGGGGGGCGGAGGAGACCAAGCAGCUGGGAAGAGUUCCAGACCGGACUUGUGGGAGGUGCGCAAGAAAGCGGGACCCCCGUGGAUGCUGCGCCGGGCUGAGGGCCAGGGGCUGCAGGGGCCCGAGGCCCAGCCGCUUCCGGCUCCGGUCUCGGCCUCCCCGGGCCCUCCCAAGGCCGAGGAGCGCCGGCGGCGGCCGCCACAGAGCCAGGAAUGGAGGUCUGGUGAGGCCCCUGCCCAGGCUCCAGAUGAGGAGGAAGACGGAGGAGAGCCCGCAGCUGGGAAGGGGUCCGGACCGGACUCGUGGGAAGUGCGCAAGAAGGCGGGGCCCCCGUGGAUGGUGAGCCGGGCAGAGGGCCAGGGGCUGCAGGGGCCCGAGGCUGAUGAGCGCCGGCGGCGGCCGCAACAAAGCCAGGAAUGGAGGUCUGGGGAGGCCCCUGCCCUGGCUCCAGAUGAGGAGGGGGCCGACGGAGAGCCCGCAGCUGGGAAGGGGUCCGGACCGGACUCGUGGGAGGUGCGCAAGAAGGCGGGGCCCCCGUGGAUGGUGAGCCGGGCAGAGGGCCAGGGGCUGCAGGGGCCCGAAGUCGACGAGCGCCGGCGGCGGCCGCAACAAAGCCAGGAAUGGAGGUCUGGCGAGGCCCCUGCCCUGGCUCCAGAUGAGGAGGGGGCCGGAGGAGAACCCGCAGCUGGGAAGGGGUCCGGACCGGACUCGUGGGAGGUGCGCAAGAAGGCGGGGCCCCCGUGGAUGGUGAGCCGGGCAGAGGGCCAGGGGCUGCAGGGGCCCGAGGUCGACGAGCGCCGGCGGCGGCCGCAACAAAGCCAGGAAUGGAGGUCUGGCGAGGCCCCUGCCCUGGCUCCAGAUGAGGAGGGGGCCGGCGGAGAGCCCGCAGCUGGGAAGGGGUCCGGACCGGACUCGUGGGAGGUGCGCAAGAAGGCGGGGCCCCCGUGGAUGGUGAGCCGGGCAGAGGGCCAGGGGCUGCAGGGGCCCGAGGUCGACGAGCGCCGGCGGCGGCCGCAACAAAGUCAGGAAUGGAGGUCUGGCGAGGCCCCUGCCCUGGCUCCAGAUGAGGAGGGGGCCGGAGGAGAACCCGCAGCUGGGAAGGGGUCCGGACCGGACUCGUGGGAGGUGCGCAAGAAGGCGGGGCCCCCGUGGAUGGUGAGCCGGGCAGAGGGCCAGGGGCUGCAGGGGCCCGAGGUCGACGAGCGCCGGCGGCGGCCGCAACAAAGCCAGGAAUGGAGGUCUGGGGAGGCCCCUGCCCAGGCUCCAGAUGAGGAGGGGGCCGGCGGAGAGCCCGCAGCUGGGAAGGGGUCCGGACCGGACUCGUGGGAGGUGCGCAAGAAGGCGGGGCCCCCGUGGAUGGUGAGCCGGGCAGAGGGCCAGGGGCUGCAGGGGCCCGAGGCUGAUGAGCGUCGGCGGCGGCCGCCGCAGAGCCAAGAGUGGAGGUCUGGCGAGGCCCCUGCCCAGGCUCCAGAUGAGGAGGAAGACGGAGGAGAACCCGCAGCUGGGAAGGGGUCCGGACCGGACUCGUGGGAGGUGCGCAAGAAGGCGGGGCCCCCGUGGAUGGUGAGCCGGGCGGAGGGCCAGGGGCUGCAGGGGCCCGAGGCCCAGUCGCAGCCGCAGCAGCCUCCUGAGACCGCAGGCGGCAAAGGACGGGCGGCGGCCGACGCUCUCAAUUGGCAGAUUCGCGAGGAGGUGGCCAGCGCUAUGGGCAGCUCGUACAGAAAUGAAUUCAGAGCAUGGACGGAUGUUAAGCCUGUGAAACCUAUCCGCGCCAAGUCCCAGUACAAGCCCCCGGAGGACAAGAUGCUUCAUGAGACCAGCUACAGCGCCCAGUUCAAGGGUGAGCCAAACAAGCCCACACCAGCUGACAAUAAAGUCAUUGAUCGCCGAAGAAUCCGCAGCCUCUACAGCGAACCAUCCAAGGUGGAGAAGCCCAGCGUGCCGACCCCAAACAAAAAGACCCCGACAAGCCAUAAACCGCUGAAAAAGGCCAAAGAGAAGCAGCUGACAUCUGGCCACACUAAGAAAAAGGGCCCAACAGCGAGCGGAGCCAGCGGGUCCGGGUCCCAGGACAGGGAGCAAAGUAAAGAGAUGAACAAUAAACUGGCUGAGGCAAAAGAGUAAAUUUCCUUGCACCCUUCCUUCCUUCCCCCUCUUCUUUCCUUUCGGUUUUUUGUUGGUUUUAUUAUUUUCUUUUUUUUUUAAAUAAAGGCCCACAAAAUGAAUUAGAGCUUCUAAUCUGCUCUGGUUAUAAACCUGUUAGAAGCUUUUGGGGGAGGGAGAGGCUGGGGAGGGUUGUUGGUUUCUUUUUUCCAUGGCUGGCUAGAAAGCGUCAUUGCUAAGAUCAUAAUUCCAUCAUGCUUCAGCACUCCAACCCACGCUAAACCUACAGGGACCAGAAGAGAGGGAGGCCGGGGCUCCAGUUACCUGCACGGUGCCUAUCCAUGGCAGUACCUGGCUCACUUUCCACCCCUGUUGGGAGUGGGAAUUAGAAGGGAAGGCUGAGAAAGAUAUUGGAGACAGGACACAGAGGCAUGGUGCCAUUGAUAUAAUCAUGGUCUGGAUUGAGUCCUGGUUCCAUUGUGAGGUUGGGCAUUCAUUUAUUCUUUUAGAGCUCCAUAUGUUAAAUAAGGAGCUAGAGUAGAUGAUUUCUAUGAGCCCUUAAGGGUAUGACUUCCUAUGAUUCCUUAAAAUUUACCGAUUUUUCAUGGGGUCUUCUUGACUUUCAUGGAAAUCUCCUGGUGCUGCUUCAGAGUAUCCACAGAAACUCCUCAUGCUUAUUUUCGGGGUCUUUCAUGGAAGGCAAUGUUUUCAUUUUUCAAAUUCAAAUUAUUAUCAUGCUGCCCAAAAUGUCAGUAAUUGAUUGUGGAAAUAUAAUGAAUGAUCUUGGCCUUAAUGUAGAUAAAAACUAAAUUAGUCACAACUGUCAGGGUUUUAUUGUGUUUUUAUAGAAAGACAGCUCCAUGAGAAGAACUAUGUCUGUUUCCAGUAACUACCCUUGAAAUUCUGGUUCCAUUAACAAUGUGCUAAAUGUCCACACGGAGCCAAUUAUAGGAAUGUCUGAGGAAUGUCCUAGAGUCAGGAUCUGUUCACCAGGGAGCACAAGAUGGAAGCAGAUGUUUGCCCCAGUGACUGGAUAUCAUUUUGCUCAGUGUCUCAGACUUUGUAGACAAGACAAGGUAAUGAAACUGAAAGAAGAAUCCCCAAGUCAUUGCUAUCGAGCCUUUAGAAAGUUGUUAUCAUUGAGCCUCUUAGAAAAAGGCAGGAUAUAAAGGAGAGAUAGUAAUAAGAUUUGUAAGAUUUCUUUUACAUUUUCCUCCUUUCUGAACUCUUCUCCCUUCCUCAGAGAAGGACAGAGGUUGCUGAAAACAUCACUUUGUAAGAAAGUUUCUAGGAUUUAGUUGGAGGUGGAGAGUUGUAUGACUAAAACUGGUUAGCAAAAGUUUGGGACCUAAAUAACACCCAGUGAAGAGCUUGGUGUAUAGUGUAAUGUGUCUGUAUGGCUUGUGGCCCAGGUCUCAGGGUCACAUGUUGAGUGUCACAAUGGGAAUCAUUCCCAAGCUUAGCUUUAGAGUAUGAAUUAGUUAGGAUGUCAAUGUGAAAAUCCCUUUUGUAUUUAGGAGGGCACUGUGGAAAUCACCCAGGAAAACAAGGCUUUGGGACCACUUGAGGACAUAACCCAUUCUGACACGCAUGCUUCAUGGACCCCCCCCCAACACUGAUCUCACCCAUAGUUAUCUUCAAUAUUCCCAAACCAAGAAAAGUACCUUGACAUUGCUUGACAGCAAGCAUCAGCUAUUGGUUGUUCUGUGUUUUGUCCUUUCUUGGAAAUGAGGGAAGCUUAGAUAAGUCUUAAUGGAAGUAGAAUAAAGGCCUCACAGUUUCUCAUUUCACAUAUGCCCUUGGGUUCUUCCUGUUUCAAGCAAGUGGACCCUUCACGAAGCUCUAUGGAAUUCUUGACCUUAAGGACAGUAGCCUCCGGUUACACUUGCCUGUACAUGGGUCAGGAUAAGUCUGACUGUCCAAUUCCUCACAAAUUAACUAAGCACUUAAAAUACCUAGUGGCACUUACCAGUGCCUGUCAGACCCAUCAGACCCACCUUUAUCUCAGGAUAUAGAACUGUGAGGUAGAUAAAAAAGCUGUAGAAAAUAAGCAAAAUUGGUCAAAAUCAGGCCAUUAACUCUUAGUCGUUCCUACCUAAGAAAGUUUGUUUGAAAAUGUAUUAUGGAUAAAGUCCAAAUCUCAGCUGUAAGGUUGCUAAACUUGACAUUAAGCAGAAAUUAUUGUUUAAAAGAGAACCAGAUAAUCUUGACAUCUGUUCAUAUUUUCCAUUGCUCUUUCUGGAACUCAGCAUUCUUAUCACAGGUCAACCCUAGCUAUGGUUUGGAUUUUAGGUGCAACACAAUCAUAUAAAUUCUUUUCGGCUCAUCUUUAAUUCCUUUAAAAAUUUAGAGCAUAUCAAGUUGAUAUUUAGAAAUAUAGAUAACACAGAAGAUUUUUAAACAAUAGGCCCCAUUGGGGCAGCUAGGUGGCACAGUGGAUAGAGCACUGGCCCUGGAUUCAGGAGGACCUGAGUUCAAAGCCAGCCUCAGACAUUUGAUACUUACUAGCUGUAAUGACCCUGGGCAAGUCACUUAACCCACAAUUGCCUCACCCCCCCCCCCAAAAAAAAACACAAAAAAAACCAAUAGGCCCCAUUCUUGCUACCAUAUGGUGGUUCUGUGUACCCAGUAGCAGGUACCAUUUUGAGAACUUUUCUGACCAAAUGACUUUGGGCCAGGCACUCAACAUCCAUUGCCUAUGUGGUGUCUGUCAUAUAACAGCAGGAGCUCUAGUCUUGAAGUGAGGAGACUGAGUUCAUACACCAACUCUAAUAUUUACUAGCAGUGUGGCCCUGAGCAAAUUACCUUCUCUCUUGGGACCUGUUUCAUCAUCUACAAAAUAGGAGUAAUAAUCUGCCUCACAGGAGUACCACCAUUAUGAAAGUGCUUUGCAAACCUUAAACAAUAACCAACAUUUUUGUGGCACCUUAUGGUUUGCAAACCUCCAUCCCAUCUUACUGAUGAAGAAACUAAGGCCCAGUGAGGUUAAGCAAUUUAUCUGGGGUCACAUGGUACUUUGUCCGUGUGAAUUAAUGAUAUUGUUAUUACAUAGUCACACAAAAUAGUCAUAUUUGUGGAAGUCACUCUACACAGUGGCAUGGUUUAAAAUGUCUUGUAGUUAUGUUCUCACACAUACAGAAGCACUCUGCAGUUCGGCCUGAAGCUACAGAUGUCUUCUGCAGCUCCACACGCAUGAGGGAUAGAAUUUGACUUCUCGUCACUGAAUUUAGAGAAGGAUACCACACAUAGUCUAGUCUACAUUCAGGCCCUGGCCUUCCAGGACAGAACCCCAAGGUAUUUGAUCUAGGAAGUCCAGGUGAUGAUAGCCUGAAGCAAGUGUGUACUGUGACUGGCCAGGGAGGAGGGAGCCAGCAGACUAGUAUAUGGAGGUAGGCCAUCCAUCCUUAAAAAGCCACAUAAAUAUAGGAGUCUCAUCAAGAAUGCUCAUUCAUUCAUUCAUUUAGUCAACAUUCAGCAAGCAUUUAUUAAGCACCUACUGCAUGCCAUUUAGUUUUCCUUUGACUCUUGGGCUUCUUUGGAAAACAGUUUCCCGCUUCUUUUUUCCCAUUUCCAAAUAUAACUCACCAGAAGUCUGGCCACCAGAUGAUGAAUUUUCUUGGCCACAGCAACUCAUGAAAGAGUCUGCUAAAGUGUGGAGGGGUUGCAGUCUGUCUUACUUAGGGAACACACAUACCAAUGAAAUCAUAUAUCCUUCAAGUGUUAAGUAUGACUCCAACCAAGCAGAUUCUGCUCCAGCUUAAUUCCCAAUCUGGAUAAUAAAUGUGGGUUUCAUGUAAAAUGUACUAUCUCCUCCUUAUGAAAAAUGGAGGUGCUUUGGCCACCUGCUUCCUACCAUUUUGGAUUUUGUCCUUGUACCCGCUACCUCUCUUUGCAACAUCAUGCUCAAGCUGUUCUUUUGUUUGUCCUGAGAGUUUGCUGAAUAAAAAUCCAUGCUCUUGCUUACCUGUGGUUUGUUUGCUGGCAUUCUUCUCAUCAGACUUCCUGGACUUGUGCCUUGUUGCGCCAGAUCCGAAGCAUCUAAUUACUAUUUUGUGGCCUGGGUUUUGUCACCUCUCAUGGAUUAUCUAUGUACUGUGCUUGAGCCUUCUGUCCUUGCUGUUAGUAGGAGAAUGACACAAAGUACCCAUGUAUAGCCAAUUGAUUGUGACGUGCUUGUGGUCUUUGCUUGCUCAAAAAAAAAAAAACAACAACCACCAUACACACAUACACCGUUUUUU